UAAAAGGGGGGCCGCGCUGAAAUGACCGCUCACUCUUCAGUAAAAAUUCAAAGACAAAAGGAUCGCGUAAUAUAUUUCAGUCGCUCUAUAAGUUGCAAGACACGCGCGAAAAUCUUGUAAAUUUCUUGUUAAACUAUUAAGACUUAUAUUACUUGUGUACGUAAAAUAAAAUUGAGUUUAACUCCACCUUGCUGUAAAUAUAUUUCUUGAACAAAAAAAAAAGUAUAAAGGGGCAACAGCCGUCUGUUAAACCAUCAAAACUCCCAAGGCAACGCGCGCUCGUGAACACUAAGUUAAAGAUUGUUCAUGAUAAUCGAUCGACAAUCGCAGAACAAUGGAACCCUUUCAAAUACUAUGCAGCGUCGCCGCCGUAAUUCUCGCUCUUUAUUACUACCUCACGUCAAACUUUGAUUACUGGAAGUCACGUGGCGUACCUGGUCCACGACCGAUACCGGGAUUUGGCAAUUUAAAAGAUUUUCUACUUCGAAAAGAAACUUUGGGUGAUUAUGUGUUGAAACUGUACACAGACUACAAAGACAAACCAUUGAUUGGGAUAUUCACUUGGAGGACACCCAUUCUUAUCGUAAAAGAUCCAGAACUAAUUAAGAAUAUAUUUAUCAAAGAUUUCCCAACGUUCGCCGACAGGGGAAUCACCACUCACGAGAAGGCCGAGCCGCUGUCGCAGAAUCUCUUCAAUUUAAAUCCGCAGAGAUGGCGACCGUUAAGGGCCAAGAUGUCGCCUAUUUUUACAUCACGUAAACUGAAGGAGAUGUUCUCGUUAAUAUCAGAUUGUGCCGAUCACCUUGUGCAUCAUACAGAAGAAUUAGCGAACAAGAAUGAACCUAUAGAGUGUUGUGAGCUGAUGGCCAAAUACACUACCGACGUUAUCGGUAGCUGCGCCUUCGGCCUCGAGAUAAACGCCCUGUCGCUCAAGGAUAACGAAUUUCGCAGAAUAGGAAGAAACGUAUUCCAUCCGCCCUGGUCGGAUCUCAUACGAGAUAAAAUCAAGAAAUUCUCACCGUGGUUUUACGACGUCCUUGGUUACAUCUUACCGGAUACGGAGAUCACCUCGUUCUUCAUGCGUCUCGUCAUUGACAGCAUGGAGUACAGGGAUAAGAACAAUAUUGUCAGGCAUGAUUUCAUCGAUAUACUACGCGACUUUAAAAAACGUUCGGAUAAGAUGAGCGAUAUCGAUUUCACCGAUAGUUUAAUAGCUUCUCAAGCAUUCCUAUUUUUCUCCGCUGGUUUUGAAACCUCAUCGUCAGUGAUGUCCAAUUUAGUUUACGAGUUGGCUUUGAAUCAGGAAGUACAAAACAAACUACGGGAAGAAAUUAACGAGGAAUACACGAAACGUGAUGGUAAUUUAACGUAUGACAACAUCAAGGAAAUGGAUUAUUUGAAUAAGGUUUUCAAAGAAACUUUACGAAAGUACCCUCCUAUGAUGUUUUAUACGAGAAAAACGACAUCGAAUUACACUUUCGACAGUGUCAAAGCUAACAUACCGAAAGGCCAAUAUAUAUGGAUUCCUGUUUUCGCGCUUCAACAUGAUCCGAACAUUUAUCCAGAGCCAGAUAUCUUCGAUCCAGAAAGAUUUAAUGAGAAGGCUGUGCAAAAUAGGCACCCGAUGUAUUUUCUACCUUUCGGUGAUGGACCAAGGAAUUGCAUUGCUUCUCGUUUUGCUAUUUAUGAGGUUACUCUUGGGAUUUUAAAGUUACUACGACAUUACAAAUUCGAACCUUGCGAGAAAACAGAAAUACCCUACAUCCGUAAUGAGGAAACGUUUGUAACUACAUCAAAAAAUGGAAUAUACUUGAAAAUAAUCAAAAUCAAUCAAAAAAAUAGUGAAGAUCAAAUUGUAUAACAGGAACCACCGUUCCGACUGCAAUACAAUAUUUAUUAAUUUUAUUGAUAUCGUUGUAUUAUAAUAUCUCAUUGCGACACUAGUCAGAGUCAAUAAUUAGAUCGUUUAAAUUUAAUUAAUUAUAUAUGCUCUUACAUGCGUAAAUUAAUAUAAUCGCUUUUAAACUCAUUUUCUGUAUUAUUUUUAGUAAGCGCUCUAUUAUAUAUUCAAAAUGACACAUGAAAAGUAAAUGCAAGAAUUUGCGCUUAUCAAAUACAUUUGCAAGCAUUUGUGAUAAAAUAUUUGUUAUAUUCAAAAACUUUCAUGAAACAGCUUAUAAAUUAUAUAUUUUAAAAAACAGGCAUUUAAUAAACAUUAUAUUAUUUCA